AUGCUUUUCCAAUGCCGGGGGAAGAAGCGUCCUGGCUUCCCCUUCGACGACCUCCCCCACGAGCUCAAGGAGCUCAUAUGGCUGUACGCCUUGCCCGAUGAGGUGCCGGAGAUGGCCACCUACCCUGCCGGUCUGCGGCCCAUCCUCCCUCUGGGACCGCGGCCGGACGACGAGGCGGAGUGUCUCGUCAUCCACACGGCGUACCCGGUGCUCAUGCACGUCUGUCGCGAGUGGCGGGACUUCGCCGCGCGCCGCACCAUGUUCCGCUACUCGCAGGUCGCGGGCAUGGAGGUGCCGACGCGGCCGUUCCGCCCGGACCUCGACAUCCUGUACCUGCCGGGGCGCGACGCGGAUCCCAUCUGGUUCGACGACGGCCGGCGCGGCUCGCUGACCCGCCACGUCGCCAUGCAGGCCCCGGCGUUCCUCGACCACGGCGCCCGCUCGCUGGCCCUGAUGACCUACUUCCGGCGCCUCGAGUCGCUGGCCAUCGUGCUGCCCUCGUCCGCCGGCCACCACCGGCUGGCCGACACCUUCGCGGCCCCGACGCGCCGCUGCCGCCUGGUGCCCAUCGGCCGCUCCGCGCUCGAGGACCUCGGCGUCCUCUCCGUGGCCCAGGACCGCGGGCCCUCGCGCGCCCCCACCGUCGCCUGCGCCUCGGCGCUUCUCCAGUGGGUCAAGGUCGUGGUCCAGCGGACCGGCCAGUACCUGCGGGCGACCCAGGAGAGGAAUCCGACGCUGCUGGGUGAGGAGCAGGAGCAGGAGCAGACGGCUUCGCCGCUGUCCAUGCCGUUCGAGACGUCGGCGCAGACGUUUGUCGAGUACCGCUACAGGAAUGGGAAGGCCGAGUGGGUGGAGCGGCAGGGAGGAGAGGAAGAGUAUGGGUAA